AGCGUGCAAACCCGGAAGUAAAUUCCGAUGAAGAACUGUCAUUAUUCCUUGAUAAAGGUGAAUCUCCGAUAUGAGGUUCAAUGAAAGAGAAUUGAAGUUUGUGGCUCGAACUGGGGUAACAGAAAAAGAAGGAAACCUGCGUUACAGGAACCCUUAUGCUAAAAGGGAUGGUUACAAGUCAAGGUGGUUCCGAUUGAAAGGAAACCUAUUAUUUUACUUCAGAAGUGAUGAGCAUGGAGGUUUAAGUCCAGAACAGGAGGUGAAGGGUGUGAUGGUCCUCGAAAGGUACCAAAUCCAGUUAGAACAGCUGCCCGACAGACCUUUUGUCUUCUCUAUUUAUUUUGAAAAUGAUGCAGACAAAAAGCAUUACUUCAGUUGUGCUUCUAAAGUUCAGUGUGAAGAAUGGGUGGACAAUCUUAGGAAAGCAAGUUUUGAAAAUAUGCGACACACAUUGGCUAUACUGCAAGCCAAGCUCAUCAAAAAGACAGGAAGGGAUCCAAUCUUAACAAUGUCACUUGGACAUAGCAUUGUGCCAAAAACUUUAUAUCAAGAAAUGGGACGAAAGUUCUCAAUGCCCGACAAGUCAACAAAGUCCGGAGGAGUGACGGCAAAAGAAAUAGCAGAGCUGCUCGCCCACCCAUCAUCUGCUCCGAGUGAAUCACAAUACCUGAUGUAAGCUCAUCACUAACAUUCAAAAGGAUGCCUCUGAGCUGAAGAGCUGUGAUCAUGGGAUAGGUGAACUGUGGGACUAAGAUGUUUGACAUGGCCCACUCUUCAGUUUAGAAAAUACUGUGGCACCGCCAACGAGCCAUACAUGUUAGAACCAACGAAGUGAUAUACUUGUGAUAAACAAUUCCAUGAAAUGCUCUUUAUUUGCUCUUGAUUACUGUUUUCUCCCUGUGGAAAUGUUUGAGGAAGGAUGCAGCAAGCGAAUGACUGUAGCACAUUCCAUUGGAUAAACCCGUGGACAAUAUUUUGAUAAUAAAUGUGAUUGACAUUGCCUGGGGGUUUCUUUUUCAGGAGAGCUGAGCCCUGCCCUAUUUACUGCAAGACUAUUACACAGAUUUUUAUACUAUACAUGUAUUUCAACAAAAGCGUUAUUUUUAGAGGGCAAGUAUUUUGUCAUGUGUAUACAUUUAUGUACAGUGUGUGCAUUUUGUGCAACUUUUGAGAUAUACAGCCUGUUCUCAGAUAGUGGAAUGAAAUAACUAAUAUUCUAGUCUCUGUUAACUAACAGGGCCUGGUUGCCAAAUCAGUGUACAUGUAAGCAGCAACAUCGGUGUUCGGUCUUGCACUACUAUUGUAAAUGAAAUUUACUGGAGACAUCGUCAAGUUGAGCGUAUGUCUCUAAUGGCAAUUGAGCAACAUUGCCAUGGUUGUGUACAGGUACAUACCAUAAAAUAUAUCAGGACCACUUGCAUUUUUUAAGUGAAUGCAUCAUAAUCAUAUAGCACCUCCGCAGUUCAAACUAUUUUGAAACCUGGGAUGUCGGACCAUAUUCAGUUGCCAAUGUAAAAUGUUAAUAGUUGGGAUUCAUUUUCGUUCAUCUGCCAUCUCAACCCUCAGGUGUUUUGCUUAUAUUACAUUCCAAAUGUAUGUCAAAGAUUAAAUAUGUAGGAUCGAAUGUCUGAAUAAAUCAAACAAAAGAUUUUUGAAUAAAUGCAGUUGCCAUGAUCUGUUCAUGUUGGAUAG